CGCUGCAGUGUUAUGACUUGUGUAUAGGAUAUGCAAUAUCGUCAUUCGAUAUAGUUUGUUUCUUGUAUUUAAAGUUAGCUUAGAAAAAUCGUUAUCGAUGUUUCAGUUUGAUAAAUGAGAAAGCACGCUUUGGAUUACAUGUUCUGCGAGAAACAUUUUUUUAACAUUUUUGUAGAACGCAUUAUAAAAAGACUUUUAAUAUAACAUCCAUCAUGUCAUAUAGUAUACUAUGCAAUAAUUAUGUAUUUUUUAUUUGUAACGCAAGUAUUUGCAGUUAUCUCUAAAGGUAUAUUUCCGAAGUUCUGAAUAAUUCGAUGCCAAAAUUAACACAGGAAGAAAAAUGGUGCGAAUAAAGUGGUCCUUAACCAAAGCGCCUAAUAUUCUUAAAUUUAAUUUAAAACAAAAAUGGUGGCGUCUUCAAAUCAUUAUAAAAUCUUUAUUUUAUAAUGAAUUUUUAAAUUGGAGUUACAUUUGCGACAUACUCCUGGAACCAAUGUUUUGGUUUGUAGAAAAUUUUACUGCUUGUUUAGGUCCAGUAUUUGUAGUAAUGGUAAGCCUUUUAACUGCAAGUAUCGUGUACAUUGCAUAUUACAUUGGUUUACCAUAUUGGUGGGAAAAAAGUCCAUCGAUGACAAUAAUCCUCUUAGUGAUUGGAAACUGGUUAUUAGUAAAUGUAUGUUUUCAUUAUUAUAAGGGUGUAAAUGUUCCAGCUGGUUAUCCGCCGGAAGGUGGUCUUAUACCAGAGGCUGUGAGUAUCUGUAAGAAAUGUAUUAAACCAAAACCACCCAGGACACACCAUUGUUCUGUAUGCAAUAGAUGUAUUCUUAAAAUGGAUCAUCACUGCCCAUGGUUAAACAAUUGCGUUGGUCAUUAUAAUCACAGACAUUUUUUUCAAUACAUGGUUUUCACUGUACUUGGUAUUUUAUUCAUAAUGUUGUUUGGUGUGGAAAUAGCAUAUCAAGAAUUUUUUCCAGCACAAGAACCUGAAUUAGAUGGUCAUCCAGUACGCAUUAAUAAUUCUGAGAUAAUUCCUGUGUCUGAAUCGCUGGAUCACCUAAGUGAAGAAGAAUUAGCUGAAAUAGCUAAACAAGCUGCAGAUACAAAUAUUAAAGAAUGGAAACGUCGACUUAUAGUCUUUGCAGCACUAAUUUGUGUAGCUACAUUUGCAGCAUUAGGAGCUCUGACAUGGUGGCAUGCAGGUCUCAUUACUAGAGGAGAGACGAGUAUAGAAGCACGUAUAAAUAGUACAGAAACACAAAAGUAUAAAGCACUUGGUAAAAUAUAUCAAAAUCCAUACAAUUUUGGACCAAGACAAAAUUGGAAGCUGUUUCUAGGUAUAAUUGGCAGCAGAAGUUGGUGGCACAUACUUUUUCCAUCUAAUCACGGACCAUAUGGAGAUGGUCUUACAUGGAAGACUAUUCAUGAUACAAAAAUAUCUUGAGUAUAAUUUCUAUGCCUAAUAAUGGCAAUAGUUAAGUUACUGAUGAUGAAGUCAUUUUUACAGAUUUAAAAAUCUAGUCAUACUAUACUACUACAGUUAUAUACUGCUAUGUGCACAUAUUUCAAACGAUAUAAUAUUGUCUGAAAACUUUAAUAUCACUAUAAAAAGAACAUUCACUUUGUACAUUAAUAAGAUUAUUUGAUAUGUACAUACAUCAAUCGAUAAUACUUUUAUCAAACAUCAUUACAUUUACUGUACAUUUCUAAGCAUUGUCAGUGUCAAAUGCAUUUUAAACUUUAAUGUUUAAAUCAGUCAAAAUAAUGCAAAAAAUAAACAAUUCUUUAUCUUUGUAAA